AUGUCUGCGUUAUUUAAUUUUCAAUCUUUACUACAGGUAAUACUAUUAUUGAUUUGUACAUGCACAUAUGUACAUUCUACAGCUCCAGCAAUAUUAGACAAUCGAAAAUCAGGUAUCCUUAGUGUGUUUUGGAAAUUUGCUAGAAUCGGUGAAAGAUUAAGUCCCUAUGUUGCCUUAGGUUGUUUUAUUAUGGCUUUCAAUACUUUAAGUUCAUAG